AAUUGAUACCCGAAAGAGUCCACGCGUGUGAAAACCUUAAAAGCCUACGAAAGCCGAUCGUGGCUACUAUAAAAGUUUGAACUUCAGAUCCGGAUACUGUAUCAGUGAAAGCCUGCCGGACGUCUUUCUAUUCGAAGCCCAGUGAAAUCGGGUCAUCAGCGACUCAGUGAAUGUCAUUUGGUGCAGUGAACUGAACGCCUUUUGUAAACGCCGACUCAGUUAUUAGAGGUUACUUCCGGAAAUCAUGGUGGAAACCUACAAUAAACCUGAACCUUUCUUAGUCAAAGGUAAUAUAAGGGACGAUUGGAUAAAGUUUAAACGUGCGUUCAAUGACGUGCUAAUAUUCAUGGAAUGAUAUAGUAAACCCGCUGAAUUGUGGAACAUCGUUGGCGCAGAUGAUCGUGAGAGGAUUAUAUUGCAGAGCGUUUAGAAACGUCUGAAGAUUAAGGCGAAAUAAUCAAGAAGAUGGACACUUUGUGUCAGCUACAAAGACAUGUAAUUGCAGAGAAUAUCAAAUUCAACUCCAAGGAACAACCUCCAACAGAAUCGAAACAUAGCAUUUCGAAAUGGAACUUUAUGAAUCCUGCUUCUCUAGGACUGCAACGGAAAUGAGGAGUAGUGGCCAUUAUGUUAGGACUAUCUAUACUGCGCUGAUAUGUGGACUCAUAUUCAUCUUAGAACCGAAUCUGAAGCCUCAGUAGUCUAGGGUAUUUUCAGGUGCAUCACCGGUUGCUGAGAACGCAUACGCAAGGGCACCAAGAAACACUAUGUCAGGGCUGAUUCGUCUCGCUCUCCAUCCAUUGGCCAGCAUCACUUGGCGACGUCAAUGCCGCGAAACACUCAACCGGCAAGGAGCACUAGUGCUGAGCCAAUUCUUACUGCCAUCAGCCCUGAAGGCAAUCACCGCCGAAAGCAAGAUCCUGAGCCACCUUGCCUUUCAACCUAUCAAGACGCACAAUGUCUACCUGAUUGAACCUGAUGAGUCAUUUCCAGCCGAUCAUCCGCGGAAUCGACUGGUACUAAGCAGCGACAGCUGGAUCGCCGACGACGUGAUCCCGGGCGACUCCCUCCUCCGCCACCUCUACAACGACGACCUCUUCAAAAGCUUCCUGAGCGACGUGCUCGGCGAGGAGGCUCUCUACCCGUACUCGGACCCGCUGUCCCCGAUCAACAUCCACUACGCCUCCGCGGGCCAGGAGCUCGGCUGGCACUUCGACAACUCCUCCUUCUCCAUCACCCUCCUCCUCCAGGAGUCCCUCGGCGGCGGCGUCUUCCAGUACGUGAAGGACCUCCGGGACUCCGACGCCGGCGAGAUGAAUUACGAAGGCGUCGUGUCCGUCCUCGAGCGGCGCUGCCCCUACGAAUCCUUGAAGAUCCGGGCCGGGGAUCUCGUCCUCUUCCGCGGGCGGAAUUCCUUGCAUCGCGUCACGCCUACCGAAGGUGACGUCACCCGCAUACUAGCUAGGCUCGCUUAUAAUCCCAGGCCGGGGAUCGCGCUCUCCGAAAGCGCGAGGAUGACGUUUUAUGGACGGAUAUAAAACGAGGGAUUUGGUUCGUUCUUGAACUAGUACUCCCAAUUGGACUGCAUUUUGCA